GCCAGGCUCGACUCGACUCGACUCGACUCACGGGAACGGGAGAGCAAACAGGCAAACAUGGAAGCCUUGUCAUCUCCCGACGGCAUCUUUCUUGUCUCGCCAGAUGAAUGUCUAUGCUUUUCUUCACCGCGUCUAAUCCCUGGCAAAUCUUCUUCCCAAGUGGGGGUCCAAGAACCAUAAUGCUGGGUUUCUUUUUCUUGCUUCUCUCAUACCCAGCUUAUUGCUUAUUAGCACAGAGACUAGCCCAACCUAAAGAAGCUACAAGGCAUUGCCAGACAUGGCCGAUCCGACCCUCGCAUCCUGUUCUCCCUCGCCAUCUUUCCCUUUCCCUGGACAUCUUGGCUGGAACCUCGUCGACAUGUCUUCUUCACACACCCCCCUCCCCCCCCCCCCCUAGUCGAUAUGGACCAUCGACCCUUGUUGCACUGCCUUUCUCAAUGGUGCUUCCCCCGCUGGGAGGAUCGCCUCAGUUCAGAUCUUGGGACACAGUAAGAUCUCGUAUGACUGCGGCAGAUUGCAGUAGUAUCUCGAUCGGUUUCCACUUACCAAGACCACGGGAAGCUUGACGUGACACCACCCGGGUUUCUCUAUAAGCAAGACAUCCCUCAUCACAACCACGGCAAACCCAUCCACCCUCUGCGCGCCCUUCCUACACACUACCCUGGAAUGUCGCAGACGUGACUGAGAUUCGGCAAGUAUUGGUUACACUCCCCUAGUCCAGCCUUCACCGCUCUCGCUUCCUGGAGAGGCAAAGCAAUUCCUCCGUAGAGGGCAUCGGGAUACCAUGUCGUUGUUUCUUUUUCUG